CUCCGAUCGCCGCCGUGCAGAUGUUUAUGUUUAUUUCCAAAACCGUUUUUAGCACCGUUUGUCCGCGGAUUGUACGCAGAUUCCUCCGAAGUUUUUGCAUCGUUGUUCUGUUUUCGUUGAAGAAAAUAGUGCCUUCGAAUCCUGAAUGAGCCGUCGCAAAUCAACGUACGUCCCUCAAGUGGACCCCGACUACGAUCCAUUGAAAAUCGGCAGCUCCGAAGAUGAAUCGUGCUCGAGGUCUACCCGGAGCAAUCGACGGAAAAGUUCCGCCUCAUCGGUGAGCGAUAAGAAGCCAGUCGUGAUUGAGGAGUCCUCCGAAGCGGAGGAAGAGUUGGAGGAGGAUGUGGCCGAGCAAGAGGAAGAGCCCGCUAGGGUCGAGCGACCGAGGCGUUCGUGCCGGCAGCGAUCUCCCAACAAGCGGUACACCGAGGGUUUCGUCAACACUGCCGCGAGGGGCCGUCGUCACCGGGCGGGGGCGGAUUCCGAAGAGGAGGAGGAGCGCAAUGUAACGCCGCUGGAUUCGGAAGACGAGUGGCAAAUGGACCAGCUGGCAGGAAAUCUCAAAGCAACUACCCUAUUCGAGGAUCGGCUCGACGUGGAAGGGCAGAAGAUUUUCGGUUUCCGGACGCCGCGGAAGCGUGGCUCGAUGAGCGUGCUGGCUUCGAGCAUCCAGCGGACGCCCACCGCAACCACGCCGUCCAGAAGGGGGAGGAAAAGCGUCAAUAAGCUGGUGGCAACGCCGAAAACUCCUAAAACGCCAACGGCGGCCGAUAGGAGGAAAAGUAAGCUGGAUUUGAUGAAAACUCCGCACCAGGAGCGGAGCAAGCUGAAAAAGAAUAUUAAGAAAAUGGUGCAGCACGAAUCCGGUUCGGACUUCACAGCCAGCGACAGCGAAUAUGUUCCAUCAUCUGAAGAAGAAGAAGACGAUGAUACUCAAGAGGAAGUAGAUAAGCAGGAAGAUGACGAUGAAGAGGAAGAAGAAGAGAUCAAACCGAAGCGCCCCGUCGUUCGGAAUCAGCUUGGUUCGAUCGGUAUCGCCCCAGGAAAAUCGGAACCUGCAACACCUACCACCUGCGGUCAGCGUGUAAGCAGUCGCAUCCGGAAUCGCCGAAAGGCCAAUCUGGACUACGUUCUACAGAGCGACGAUUACUUCUCGUCCCACAGCUCAUCCAAAGUCAUAACAUCGGACUCGACCCUGGACCGGCUGAAAACUCCUCGGCUACCGCACGACCAGCUGUUUCGGCUGCUAAAAGAGAGUCGAGGCUCAUCGGAACACCAGAAAGUCAUUCAAGAACUGCACGAGGAGUACGAAAGCUACUUCACAAAGUGGCUCUUCCUGAUGGACGAAGGCUACAACAUCCUCCUGUACGGGUUGGGAUCCAAGCGGAACCUGCUCCAAUCUUUCCAUCGCAAAGUCCUCGCCGGCAAACCGGUAAUCGUGGUCAAUGGCUUUUUCCCGACGCUUACCAUCAAGGACAUCCUGGAAGCCAUCACCGGUGACCUGUUGGAUCUGAAUGUGCACAGCGGGAACUUCCACGAGCUGGUGGACAUCAUCGAGGAGGAGUUCAGCUACCUGCCGGACACGCAUCUGUUCCUUAUCGUACACAACCUGGACGGGACCAUGCUUCGGAACGGCAAAGCGCAGAACAUUCUGGCUCGGUUGGCCAAAAUCGACAAUAUCCACAUGCUGGCCUCGAUCGACCAUAUCAAUACUCCACUCAUCUGGGACUCGUCCAAGCUGAGCUACUUCAAUUUCUCCUGGUGGGACGUGACGACGAUGCUCCCGUACUCGGACGAAACCGCCUUCGAGAACUCGCUGCUGGUGCAGAACUCCGGUGCCCUAGCGCUGUCCUCGAUGAAGAACGUGUUCCAAUCGUUGACGUCCAACUCGCGCGGUAUUUUCCUGGCCAUCGUGCGCCACCAGUUGGCCAACAAGGGCAAUCCGCACUAUCCGGGCAUGCUGUUCAAGGACCUGUACUCGGCCUGCCGCGAGGCAUUUUUGGUCAGUUCGGAUCUGGCACUGAGGGCCCAGCUGACCGAGUUCAUUGAUCACAAGCUGGUCCGGCAAAAGCGAACCGUGGAUGGGGCGGAGAAUUUGCUGAUUCCGAUCGAGCACGGACUGCUGCAGCAGUUCAUGGAGGAGAACGAGGAGUCGUAGGAUCAUCGGUGCGACGGUAAGUUACGGUGGGACCUGUUUGGCUAUUUAUUGUUUGAGAAAGUACAAUCUUAGGAUGAAUAAAUCGAAUUUUGUCGGAGCGGAUAAAAAGUAAAAGA